GGUUUUACAGGGAAGCACAUUGUUCAGCCAUAUUUCAUAGCAGUUUGGAUGGUUGAGAGGAUGACAAAAUUGACGAAUGUUGAAUUGAUUUCCUAAUCACCAUGAAGACUAAUGAGCUGAAUUCAUAGAAUCGAAAGAGGAUAUUUAAUAUCAGUAGACUUUAACCAAAAUGAGCCAAACAAAACGAUCAUGGAAACUUCAGGAAUAUGUUGCACAUGGCAACAAUGUAAACUGUGUUGCUUUAAGCAGGAAGUCGGGCAGAGUAAUUGUUACAGGAGGAGAGGACAGAAAGGUCAAUUUAUGGAUUGUUGGCAAACCAAACUGUUUAAUGAGUCUAUGUGGACACACUACUCCAGUGGAAUCGGUCAGAUUUGGACAUGAGGAAGAAAUGGUAGUAGCAGGGUCAAUGUCUGGGGCCCUGAAGGUUUGGGACCUGGAACAAGCCAAAAUAAUGAGAACCCUAACAGGACACACCUCCAGUAUUAAGAGCCUUGACUUCCAUCCUUACGGUGAUUACUGCACUUCUGGUUCCCUGGACUGCAAUGUUAAGUUGUGGGAUAUCAGAAAGAAGGGAUGCAUUUAUACAUACAGGGGUCACAAGAAUGGAGUGAACUGUGUGAGGUUCAGCCCUGAUGGAAAAUGGAUAGCUUCAGCUGGAGAAGACAGUGUCGUUAAGAUCUGGGAUAUCACUGCUGGCAAAAUUCUGACAGACUUAACAUAUCACCAGGGACCAGUAAAUAUUGUGGAAUUUCAUCCCAAUGAACUCUUACUUGCAUCAGGAAGUUCUGACAGGACUGUGAAAUUCUGGGAUUUAGAAAAUUUCAAUAUGGUGUCCACAACUGAUGGAGACUCAACCCCAGUCAGAAACAUAUUAUUCCACCCAGAUGGAACUUGUUUAUUUAGUGGCACAAAAGAUUUACUAAAAGUUUACUCUUGGGAACCUUCUAAAUGUUACGACUCUAUUCCUGUGAACUGGGGAGAAGUAGCAGACAUGGCUAUAGGACAGAAUCAGCUGAUUGGGGCAUCAUUUUCACAGACCAAUGUUUCAACAUUUGUAGUAGAUCUGAAGAGAGUGCAGCCAUUUGGUGGUAUCCCACAUCAAGAAAUUGGAUCUAAUCUAUCUAGUAAAGAUGUAGAUGAAGUCUUCACAGAUUUAAGUAUAUCUAAUUCCUCUGUAUCAGAGGGCCUUAAACACAGUCGAAAUAAAUUCAUCACAGAGAGACCGCCUACCCAGUCCUCGAGACAAGCCAGUGUACCAAAAGAAGACAUCGAAGAACCAACACAAGACAAAGAGGAACAAGAUAAUGAUUCAUUUGAAAUCGCAAAUCCUGAAGAUUACAGGGAAAUAUUUCGACCCAAAUCUAGACUAGAACAUUCCCCAACACGGCCAGUUGAGCCAUUCCAACCUCCUCCUGAUGAUGGUAUGUUCCAAACAAAACGAAAUGUCUCUUCUCCUCGUAAUGUCAACCGUCAACUCUCCUCAGAACGGAAAUGCUCAGCGGAGCGUAAAUCCAACCCUUUACGCAAAAGUCAGUUAUCCAAAUCAGUCUCGGAUGAUGGUGACCUGGAACCAGUCCGACAGCCAGCACCGACCAAAACCAGCAAAGUCGCAUCCAAGUCAAACAACAAAACAUCUGUCAAGCCGGUCAGUAAACCAAGCCCUCGACAACCAGAGGAAGACAAAUCUGGCAUUUCACCAGAGGACUUUCUACCGAAGGCGGGUGGAGAUGUGGGAUAUGGUGUACAAAGAGUGCCUUCUGAGGGGGAAGCUUUGUCAACUUUGUCAAGUGGACAUGACGCCAUGGCCAAAGUAUUAUCACACCGAAGCAAGAAUCUUCAAAUAGUCCGAGCCAUGUGGACAUCUGGAAACACAAAGGCUGCAGUUGAUUCAGCUAUAAGUAUGAAAGAUCCUUCUGUGAUAGUCGAUCUGCUCAAUGUAUUAAACUUAAAAUCAGGGUUAUGGAGUUUAGAUCUGUGUUCCUGUUUGCUGCCACAAGUACAAGAUUUGAUGGACAGCAAAUAUGACAGUUAUGUGACAGCGGCCUGUGAAGCCCUGAAGAUUAUGUUGAAGAACUUUGGACCAGUGAUAAAGUCCAAUCUGACCGCUCCACCAAGUCAAGGGGUGGAUAUAUCCAGAGAAGAAAGGUAUCGAAAAUGCAGACAGUGCUACGAAAAUCUUUCCAUGAUCCGAACAACAAUAUCAAAGAGAAUGGGAGCACCAGGGAAAAUUGGACAACUGCUUCGUGAAAUUCAAAUUUUAAUGGCAAGCAUGGACUGAGAAACAAAACAAUGACUCAAAAUGUGUGUGGCUGCUUUUUACCAACUCUGAAGAAUCUUUCCUAUGCUUCCUUGGGAUUUGAGGGGUGACCUUUGGCCUUUGAAAGAUUCUACAAUAUUGUCAAAGGUGAACCGAAGACAGUCUGUGAUUAUGAUGUGAUAAUGACAAAAAUUGUGCUGUUCACACAAAGUUAUUUCCUAAUGUUCAGAUUCUGAACAAGUCCUUUACAUCAAUCUGUGAAAAGUACAAAGAUAUUGUGAGCUUGUACAUUCUCAAACACGUCUCUUUUUUUUUUUUUUUUUUUUUUCAAAAGUUCACCAUUUGUAUGUGAUUUUUUUCUUCAAAUUUUGAAAUGUAAGAGAAAUGGUAGCAUUUUUAAUAAUUUUAUGUUUAAUAUUUAUAUCAAAUAUAUAUUUUUUGUGAAAAUGAAAGUGCUAGAAUUGUAAGUUUCAUAAAUGAUGCUCUUAGCAGUUUACACUCCAUGAUUGAUGACAAACUGUUAGUAUUUUACUGAAGCAUAUAUAUGGUUGUUAACAUUCCCAGGUGAUGCAUAUCAAUGCAAUAGUUGCACAAUCUUUCUUUUUUGUUUUAUUGAAGAUCCCACAUGUCGUUUGAAAUGAAGUCUGAAGAGAUACAUGUACCAAGUUUUGUAUGUAUAUGUGUUUGCAAUAAUGAAUUACUGAUCUACCUGUAAGAAAUUUAAUUGACUCCAUGAUUCCUGUGUUAUAUUGUACAGGUAUCAGCAGUAUGUUUACAGUAAAGUAUUACUAAGAUAACACUACUUUAUAUAUUUCGUGAAUCAGGGGUGCUUUUUUUUUUAUUCAGUAGCAGCAAAAUGGUUGUUCAUUAUGAAGUACUUGUUAUUGAAAACUAGUUGGUUUUUUUUUAUAUUAAACACUACAUACUAAAAAAUUUUUAAAAAAUUAAGACAAAAUACAAUAAAACUUAGAGUAAAUGAAAAAGUAUAUGAAUCUGAGCGAGUAUCUGCUAAGCAGGUACUAGUAUGAAAGUAAACUAAUAUUACAUAUCAUGAUUCGUUUUCUUCCGGGUGUAAAAGCUUCGUUUGAGCAAUAGUGUGAAAAUUGUAGGCUCUAUCUAAGAAAAUUAAUCUUAUUUUUAAUUAUGUUUCAUGUUUGUUAUUUAAUAUUGCAUUGACAUCCAGAUAUACAUGGUUAAGUACAUGUGUACUGCUAAGUCUUAAACAUUGUAAGUUUGCACUCUCAUUUACACAUAUAAGUUAUUGAGCUCCCCACACAAAUAUAAAGGCAUUACAGUUUCUAUCUCUGCCUAUGCAUUCUGCUUUAUUUUUUUCGCAGUGCUUGAUUUUCAUUGAUGAAAUGUUGAAAUUGAAAAAUGUAAAUAAAAGAAAAUUUUAAAACAUG